AUGUCUGUCGUCUUUGAUGUUUGUAACCCGCUCUUCACGGAGAUCGACUGCGUGACGGUUCCGCCACCUGACUCGAGGUCUUCUUUGAAACGACUGCUUCGGGUCAGGCCAGCAAACGCCGUUGGGGUUUCAUCGGACACGUCGCCAGACUUUAAGCUGCUGUGUUGCGUGAAGCCGCUGGCAGAAGGGAGCGAGAGUGCGGAUACACGACCGUUUCCUCCGUCAGAGCUCGCCCUCGAGCGGUAUGCCGAUGAGUCCAGGUACGCUUGCAGAGCGUCAGAUGCGCCAGGCUCAUGUUCCACGUAG